AUGGCCGAAACAGGCCCAUUUACUCUUCUAGCUGACAGGAUCAGGCCUGGUUUCGGAACGCGAUUCAUGGAGUGGACGACGCUGCAGCACCUGGAUCUGCGCCACGUAGGGCGUGGCGUUAGGCCUCUGCAGCCUCACGCUGCUUCCUUCCAUCCUCACCAAGCUCUCGUCGCCGUCGCCAUCGGAACCUACAUCGUCGAAUUUGAUGCAUUAACAGGAAGCAAGAUUUCCGCACUUGACAUUGGAGCGCCUGUUGUGCGAAUGUCUUAUAGUCCUACAAGUGGGCAUACUGUGAUUGCAAUCCUCCAGGAUUGUACAAUACGGUCUUGUGAUUUUGACUUAGAGCAAACAUGUGUAUUGCAUUCACCAGAGAAGAAGACAGAGCAAAUUUCUUCUGAUACAGAAGUUCAUAUGGCUUUGACCCCACUACAACCUGUUGUUUUCUUUGGGUUUCAUAAAAGAAUGAGUGUGACAGUUGUUGGAACUGUUGAAGGCGGUAAAGCACCCACGAAAAUCAAGACAGACCUUAGGAAGCCUGUUGUCAACCUUGCUUGUCAUCCUCGUCUCCCUGUACUGCUUGUUGGUGCUGGUGCGUUUGCAUUUCAUCCAACUCUAGAAUGGAUUUUUGUUGGGGAUCGACGAGGUACACUUUUGGUAUGGGAUGUAUCAACUGAGAGACCUAUUAUGAUUGGAAUAAAACAAGUUGGCUCUCAACCGAUAACAUCAGUUUCUUGGCUCCCCAUGUUGCGGCUGCUUGUAACUCUAUCUAAGGAUGGAAGUCUUCACAUUUGGGAAACACGCGUUACAGUCAAUCCUAAUGGACCUCCCACACAGGCUAAUUUUUUUGAGCCUGCAGCUAUUGAAUCAAUUGAUAUCCCUAGGAUCCUUUCUCAGCAGGGUGGAGAAACAGUUUAUCCAUUGCCACGUAUCAAAGCUUUAGAGUUUCAUCCAAAAUCUAAUUUAGCAGCACUGGUUUUUGCAAAUGUGACAAUUGCCGACAAUUCAAAAAAUAGGGCCAGAUACAGUAGAGAAGGGAGAAAGCAACUUUUUGCAGUUUUACAAAGUGCACGAGGAUCUUCAGCAUCUGUUUUAAGGGAAAAACUUUCUGCCUUGGGUUCUUCUGGAGUGUUAGCGGACCAUCAACUUCAAGCUCAACUACAAGAACAGCAUCUUAAAGGCCACGGGCAUCAUACAAUAUCUGACAUUGCAAGGAAGGCAUUUUUGUAUAGUCAUUUUAUGGAAGGCCAUGCAAAAAUUUCUCCUAUAUCACGCUUGCCCCUCAUCACUGUUCUUGAUAACAAGCAUCAUCUGAAGGACUUUCCAGUUUGUGAGCCUUUUCAUUUGGAGCUAAAUUUCUUUAACAAAGCAAACCGAGUUCUGCAUUAUCCUGUUAGGGCAUACUAUAUGGAUGGACUGAACCUUAUGGCACAUAAUCUUUCUUCGGGAUCUGAUAGUAUCUACAAGAAGCUAUAUAAUUCGAUUCCUGGAAAUGUGGAGUACCGAGCAAAAUACCUGAUACACAGUAAAAAACAGCGCUUAUUUCUUGUAAUUUAUGAAUUUAGUGGUACUACAAAUGAAGUUGUACUUUACUGGGAAAACAGUGAUGCACAGGUAGCAAACAGUAAAAUCAGCACAGUAAAAGGUCGAGAUGCAGCAUUUAUUGGCCCAAAUGAAAACAAGUUUGCAAUACUUGAUGAUGACAAAACGGGAUUGGGAGUGUAUACUCUACCAGGAGGGGCCUCUCAAGAAGCUAAGGACAAUGAUAAAGUUUUUGAAGAAAAUCCAACUGCAACUGCAGAAACAACUGUUGCUUCAAUUCGGGGCCCAACACCGUUUAUGUUUGAAACUGAAAUUGAUCGCAUCUUUUCCACUCCAUUAGAUUCAUCUUUGAUGUUUGCUUCUCAUGGAAACCAAAUUGGAAUAGUGAAGCUCAUACAAGGGUACCGUCUAUCAACUUCAGCUGCCAGUGGCCAAUACAUAUCUACAAAUAGUGAGGGGAAAAAGUUAAUUAAGUUGAAAAGAAACGAGAUUGCACUCCAGGACUCUCUAAGGUGCACUGGCAGGAAACUCUUCGAGGAUAUAUCUCUAUUGUGGGUUGGACCGGCCCUCCUUUUUUCUACUGCUACUGCUAUCAGUAUACUUGGUUGGGAUGGAAAAGUCAGGCCUAUCCUCUCAAUCAGUAUGCCUCAUGCAGUCUUGGUUGGUUCUUUGAAUGACCGAUUGUUGCUUGCUAGCCCUACGGAAAUAAAUCCCAGACAGAAGAAGAGGGUUGAGAUCAAAAGCUGUCUUGUUGGUCUUCUUGAACCAAUCCUUAUUGGAUUUGCCACAAUGCAGCUAUGUUUUGAGCAGAACCUUGACCUGUUUGACAGCUUGCGCAUAACACCAAGGUCUCUGGAUAUUCUUGCUAGAGGGUCUCCUGUUUGUGGCAAUUUAGCUGUGUCUUUAUCACAAUCAGGUCCUCAGUUCACUCAAGUGAUGCGAGGAGUUUAUGCUGUGAAAGCUCUUCGUUUUUCCACUGCUUUAUCUAUUUUGAAAGAUGAAUUUCUGCGUUCCAGAGAUUAUCCAAAAUGCCCCCCCACAUCUCAUUUAUUUCACCGGUUCAGGCAGUUGGGUUACGCCUGUAUCAGGUUUGGUCAAUUUGAUAGUGCAAAAGAAACAUUUGAAAUUAUAGCAGACUAUGAAAGUAUGCUUGAUCUGUUUAUAUGCCAUCUAAAUCCAAGUGCCAUGCGGCGUCUUGCUCAGAAAUUGGAAGAAGAAGGUCUUGAUUCGGAAUUGAGGAGAUAUUGUGAUAGGAUAUUACGGGCUCGAUCUACUGGAUGGACACAAGGUAUAUUUGCCAACUUUGCGGCUGAGAGUAUGGUUCCUAAAGGAUCUGAAUGGGGUGGUGGAAACUGGGAAAUUAAAACACCUACUGCUGUGAAGGAUAUACCUCAGUGGGAGCUUGCUGCAGAGGUGACACCAUACAUGAAAACGGAUGAUGGUACAAUUCCAUCCAUUAUUGUUGAUCACAUUGGUGUAUAUUUAGGCUCAAUCAAAGGAAGGGGCAAUAUUGUAGAGGUGAGGGAAGAUAGUUUAGUUAAGGCUUUCAUGCCUACAGGUAAUGAGAAUAAAUUAAAUGGUCUUGAAUCAUCUUCUGUUAAAUCCAUAUCUAAUCAAUCGAAUAUGGUUGGCGCUACCAAAGGUGAUUCAUUGAUAGGCCUGGGAAGCCUUAACCAACAACUUGUCAGUUCCUCUGCUGAUGAACAGGCCAAAGCAGAAGAAGAAUUUAAGAAAUCCAUGUAUGGAGCUGCUGCUGAUGGCAGCAGUAGUGAUGAGGAAGGAUCAUCCAAAAUAAAAAAGUUACACAUAAAAAUACGAGACAAGCCAAUUGCCUCGUCUACUGUGGAUGUGAGUAAGAUUAAGGAAGCCACUAGACAGUUUAAACUUCAUGAAGCGUUAGCUCCACCAACAAGGACUAGGUCCUUAACUGGUGGAAGCCAGGAUCUUGGUCAGAUUUUGUCCCUGCCACCAACAACUACAGCUACAGGGUUGGCUUCUUCAACUGAUUCUACUCCUGGUGACCUUUUUGGUACAGAUACAUUGACUCAACCAGAAGUCAUUUUGCAACCAACUACUGGCAUUGUGAGUGGGGGACCUAAACCAGGACCUAUUCCAGAGGAUUUCUUUCAGAAUACAAUUCCAUCCCUUCAAGUGGCUGCAGCAUUACCUCCUGCUGGAACUUUUCUCUCUAAAUACACUCCAGGGGCUGAAAAUAUUAAGACAACUCCUAAUCAAGUUAGUUCUUUUGAAGCUGAUGCUGGUCUUCAAGGUGGUAUUCCACCUCAAACCAUUCAACAACCUGUUGUUUCAAUCGAGUCCAUAGGACUUCCUGAUGGUGGUGUCCCACCACAAUCCUCUUCUCAGGCCGUGGCUGUACCCCAGUCUCAGUUACAGGUUGCUCAGGCUCAAAUUUCUAGCCAACCUCUUGAUCUUAGCAUACUUGGAGUACCAAAGUCUUCCGAUUCAGGGAAGACUCUGCAAACUGGUUCUGAAGAAAUUGCUGUGCAUCCUGGACAGGUUCCCCGCGGAGCUGCUGCUUCUGUAUGUUUCAAGACUGGACUUGCUCACCUUGAGCAGAAUAAUCUUUCAGAUGCGUUGUCUUGCUUUGAUGAAGCUUUUCUUGCUUUAGCUAAGGAACAAUCUCGCGGAAUUGAUAUAAAAGCUCAAGCAACAAUCUGUGCUCAAUACAAGAUUGCAGUCACUCUUCUACGGGAAAUUGGACGUCUACAGAAAGUCCAUGGUCCGAGUGCAAUAAGUGCAAAAGAUGAGAUGGCAAGGCUUUCCCGUCAUCUCGGUUCGCUGCCCCUUCUGGCUAAGCACAGAAUAAAUUGCAUUCGAACAGCCAUCAAAAGAAAUAUGGAUGUACAAAAUUAUGCCUAUUCAAAGCAAAUGUUAGAAUUACUUUUGUCUAAAGCACCUCCAAACAAGCAGGAGGAAUUUAGAAGCCUGAUUGACCUAUGCGUUCAGAGGGGUUUAACUAACAAGUCCAUUGAUCCUUUGGAAGAUCCCUCACAAUUCUGUGCUGCCACCUUAAGCAGGCUGUCAACCAUUGGAUAUGAUGUCUGUGAUCUCUGUGGAGCCAAAUUUUCGGCCGUGACUGCACCUGGAUGCAUUGUCUGCGGAAUGGGAAGCAUCAAGAGAUCAGAUGCUCUUGCAGGAGCAGGUCCAGUUCCUUCUCCGUUUGGUUGA